UCUUUCUGCUGAGUCAGUGUAAGCGUCUGAGCGGAUACAUGAGGCCUCAAAACACUUCUUUGUUUGUCAGAAACAUCUCUGAUGAGUCCAGAAAUUGUAAAAGCGUCCAGUUGUGGAAGCGGCCACAAAGAGUUACAAAGACCCGUGUAGAGUAGCUGUAAAGACACAGACCUGCAGGAUCAGAGGGAGGGAUAAAGGUUGAAAAGAGAAAAGUAAAGCACGAAGAGGAAGAGAGUGCCGAGGCAAAGCUUGGAAAUGGCGGCAAAGAGUGGGCAAAAGAAAAGAGGUUUAAGAGGAAAAAGCCAAGUCUCUCUGGGAGUCGGUUAAAGAGUGUAAAGAUCAAGAUGAAGUUCAAAGUCAAGCAAAGGUAACGAGUCUGAAUUAUUUUCAUGUUUGAAGAUGUCCGAGACGCAGAGGACGCCCUGCACAGCCUGGACAGGAAGUGGGUCUGCGGGCGCCAGAUCGAGAUCCAGUUCGCCCAGGGGGACCGAAAGACGCCCAACCAGAUGAAAUCGAAGGAGCGGCACUCCCCGGGCCGCUCGUCUCGCUACGACGACUAUUCCGACGGCUGGAGGAGGCGGUCCCGCAGCCGCAGCUACGACCGGUACCGGUCCCGCAGCCCGUCCUACGACCGGCGGCGCCGACGGUCCGAGAGCCCCAGAGAAUCUCGUGGACGGGUGUACGGAGGGAGGAGAAGCAGGAGCCGUGAGGACGACAGGUACAGGCAGAGGCCUCACAGAGAGUCCAGGAGGAGGUCCAGGUCCCGCUCCAGGUCUGCGUCCCCGCAGGAGAAACCCGACCCGUCUGCGUCCCACUACCCCGAGGAAGAACCGCGCCGAGCCCAGUCCCCCUCCCAUUCCAAGUCCAGAUCCAUGUCCAGAUCCCGUUCCCGCUCCCGCUCCUGGGCGGGACGCAAGACCGGAGGCCGCUAAAAGGAGAGACCCCCACCCUGGUCAGACGGACCCAGAGGAGGGUCUGGUUCUGACCCGAACGUGGCUCCGUUUGCAGAACGACGCUGCUGCUUGUUGUUGUUUUUAUAAAAAAUGUUUCUAAGUUUUCCCUCCGGUAAAACUCUGAACCUGUUCAUUUUUAUUUGUUUAAUCUGAACAGUUUCAGCUGGUUUUGGUUUAAAGUUUCUCCUUUUUGAUAAAACUCAGUAUUUAAAGUAAGAAUCUGGUUAGUUUGGACCAGACGUCAUGAUUUGUGUGUAAAGCUGCAGCUGUAACGUCUCGUCAGCAGCUAAGUGUUAAAAACUGUAACCAGUUCCUGAGCAGCAGCUUUGGUUUCCUUUGUUCCUCUGCAUGUUUGAUCUUCAGUAGGAAGAAAAGUUUUCAGUAAUAAAUCUGUAACGUUAAAACUAAA